GACUGACAUUUUGCCCCCCUAAAGGCAUAGACAACAAAAGAAAUUUUAUUUAGAGCAAAACAAGAGUUCUUAAACUACAAAGAUGUUUGCCAGAAUGUCUGAUCUCCAUGUUCUGCUGUUAGUGGUUCUGGCGGGAAAGACAGCCUUCGGGUUCUCCCUGAUGUCUUUGCUCACAGACCCGGACCCAGAUUGGACCCCCGACUACUACGAGUACAGCCAGGAGAAUUACAACCAGGAGGAGAACAGCAGCAGCCCCCUGGCCUAUCCUGAGACCCCCGACUGGUACUAUGGCGAGGACGAUCCAUGCCAGUCCAACCCCUGUGAACAUGGUGGGGACUGCCUCAUCAGCGGGGACACCUUUCAGUGCAGCUGUCCGGCCCCUUUCUCUGGAAACAGGUGUCAGAAUGUGAAAAACAAAUGCAAGAACAACCCAUGUGGCCGGGGAGAAUGUCUCAUUACUCAGAGCCCUCCUUACUACCGCUGUGCCUGCAAACACCCUUACAGGGGUCCAGACUGCUCCACAGUGGUUCCCGCGUGCAGGCCAAAUCCCUGCCAGAAUGGCGGCACCUGCUCCCGGCAUCGGCGGAGAUCCAAGUUCACCUGUAGCUGUCCCUAUCAGUUCAAGGGGAGGCUCUGUGAAAUAGGUUCUGACGACUGCUAUGUUGGUGAUGGCUACUCCUACCGAGGGAAAGUGAGUAGGACAGUCAACCAGCACUCAUGCCUUUACUGGAACUCCCACCUCCUCUUGCAGGAGAAUUACAACGUAUUUAUGGAGGAUGCUGAGGCCCAUGGGAUUGGGGAGCACAACUUCUGCAGAAAUCCAGAUGGAGACAAAAAGCCCUGGUGUUUCAUUAAAGUGAACAAGGCAAAGGUGAAAUGGGAGUACUGUGAUGUCUCCACCUGCUCAGACCUGGACACUGCCAACCCAGAGGGAAGCCCCACAGAGCCCCUGACCAAGCUUCCCGAGUUUGAGUCAUGCGGGAGGACUGAGAUAGCAGAGAGGAAGUUCAAGAGGAUCUAUGGAGGUUUUAAGAGCACAGCAGGCAAACACCCGUGGCAGGCGUCCCUGCAGACCUCGUUGCGACUGACCAUCUCCAUGCCCCAGGGCCACUUCUGUGGGGGGGCGCUGAUCCACCCCUGCUGGGUGCUGACUGCCGCCCACUGCACUGACUUAAAAGCCAAGUAUCUAAAAGUGGUGUUAGGGGACCAGGACCUGGAGAAGACAGAAUUCCAUGAGCAGAGCUUCGGGGUGGAGAAGAUAUUCAAGUACAGCCACUACAGUGAGAGAGACGAGAUCCCCCACAACGACAUUGCUUUGCUCAAGCUAAAGCCAGUGGAUGGUCACUGCGCUCUGGAAUCCAAAUAUGUGAAAACCGUGUGUUUGCCUGAUAGUCCCUUUCCCUCUGGGACUGAAUGCCACAUCUCUGGCUGGGGUGUUACAGAAACAGGAGAAGGGUCCCGCCAGCUCCUGGAUGCCAAAGUCAAGCUGAUCAGCAACACUGUCUGCAACUCCCGCCAACUGUAUGACCACAUGAUCGAUGACAGCAUGAUUUGUGCAGGAAACCUUCAGAAGCCUGGGCGAGACUCCUGCCAGGGUGACUCUGGGGGCCCUCUGACCUGUGAGAAGGGUGGCACCUACUAUGUCUACGGGAUAGUGAGCUGGGGCCUGGAGUGUGGGAAGAAGCCAGGCAUCUACACCCAGGUGACCAAAUUCCUGAAUUGGAUCAAAGCCACCAUGGAAAAGGAGGCUGGCGUCUAAGGUGUCUUCCGAAGCCCAGAGCCCAUCCUCCUUGGCACCCAGACAAGGCAAGGCCUCGUGGGCAGCAGUGGACACCCCUUGGGGCCUCCAAGGGUCUAUGGUCUAAGCAGAGACCACUGCUGCCCAGCCUGGACCAGCAUGUUCACCAUUUCCUCAGGCUCCCUCCUGGGGAAACCCAGAAAUGAGAGAAUCAACCUGAGAUACAUGCUGUUUGCUUCCCUUCCAACAACUGUACCUUCUAGAAAAUCAGUGUUCACAGACUGCCUUCCCCUGGGACACUUGCAAAUGCACGCUUUCAGAUGCCUCAGUGUCGGUGGCUGUCACCUUUACCACUUUAUUCCUCAUUCCAGACACUCAAGGCGUGCCACAGAGCCAGCACCCACUUCCAGUAUUCGACAGAGGACCAAAGUACAACAUUCUCCACUCACUUUCAGGGAAUUGUUAUUUUAAUAAAGGAGGAUCAGGGGAAGGGCCGGUGUGCUGCUUUCACAGUUGGCCCCAACUGAAGCCAAGUCUCUGGCGUGCAAAUUUCCUCUCCAGCUUCUGCCCCAAGAAUCCCGGGCAGAUGCUGCCCACUCACAACGGCAGGGCCCUCCUUCUUUUGACGUGCAGAAUCUCAGUGGCAUCUGGGUUCACAUCCCCUCUCUGAUUAUCUCCAGUCUCCACAGCCUCCGGCUCCCACUGCAGAAAUCACACACAACCUCCCUGAGUGGGGAUGAAGCACCCGCCCCGCUCCUGCAGGACGAGCUGUCUAACACGCUCGCCCUCCCCUUCCUUUUCCCCUCCUCCACCCUCCCCAAGAAAAAGGAUCCUCGAGGCAAGGAGGAGAAAGAAGCAAAGCCAAUCUCUCAUUUAGACGUGGCGUCUUUCUUCUGAACAAAGGAGGGUUCAAAACCCAGACUGUUGUAGCCAGCAAGUCCCUGACCCUUCCCGCGAAUGUAACGAGCAAGCAGUCGGCGCAGCCUGGGCUGACUCGGCCCGGACUGAUGCAGCCCUGGCACGUCUGUCUCCGAAGAACUAAUGGCUGUGACUUCAGAGAAAACCCUGCGGGAAGUUUAACCCGGGUGUCAUCUGCCUGGUCAGCUCAGACCCAUGAAAUUAGGCGCCUUGCCUGAGCUGCAUUUCACACUUCUUUAGAGCCAGCUGACCUUCGGCCAAAAAUAAAGUUUGAAAAGAAA